GGAAGUAAAAAUAAGAGUGCAAAUUAAUAAUGUUUUUUUUUAACGUUAAUGUGUGUGUAAACUGAGAACUAUUGAAUGCAUAAUUGUAAUCAUAAAAUAAUCAAAUUGAUUUCUAUCACAACAACAGUGCAUGUGAAAUAAACAGGUCUAAUUACUCAUUAAUGAACGUUUGCUAAGGGGUGACUAGCUGUUCAGGUUGUUCUGAUUAGCUCCUGUUAGAAAUAUUUCUUUAUGAAUGCAAACCCUUUUUUGAAGCAUUUUGUAAUUAUUUUUUCAUAUAAACUCCGUUACAGAUGAAGUUUUGAAUGUGAACAAGGUGAUGAGGAAUAUUGUGACUCCCCAUUCGUUCACACUGUGGAAGAAUACCUUUUCUUGUAGCAACUGAAGUAGAGAAUGCUUUAAGAGUGGUCUUGACAAUGAGAGAGCGUGAUUACAGAGAAAAAGGCAUAACAGUUUGAGACCGGUUAGUGAGGUACUAUAGAUAUGCUAGCUUUAUACUCCCCAGACCUUACAGCUUUCAAUGGAAAUCCGAGAAGUGAAAUGAGGUGUCCUAUUUUUUGUUCCGAACUUUUCUUACUUUCUCCUUUGAUUGCACGAUCUCAACAUCGUUGAAGACGAUCGUUGUCAAAAAACAAAACCUUACUACUGUCACAACCCGGUACAGUUAGAAAUCAAAAUUCACCCUGGGAUCAUGAGUUUGCUUGUUUUAUGCUUACCGCAUUCCAAUAAACUUGGAUGGCAUGCUAGGGUCUAAAAUAACAAGUAUUCUAUCCAGUUAAGCUUGAAUGAGUCUUCAAGAUAGGUAAUCUCAGUCACUACGUUAAGGAAGAAGCUACAAUAGGGUUACUAUCAACUGACAAUUUAUGCAUAAAGAAUAAAAAUCAAGGGAAAGCGGGACAACUGUUAAAUGCUAAUUCUGAUUUAUCCAGUAUUGUCAAGUUAUGACUACCCGUGAGAUGUGAACCAGGACUCAGAGACCUUCAGUUAAGUAUAAUAUCUAUAGAUCACUGAGAGUUGGGGUCGAGUGAGUCAUCAUUUUUUCAACUCCAAUCAGUUUAUGUCCUACUAUAUUACACAUCCAAAUUAUACAUAAUUUCAAUUAUUCAGACUUAAAUGUUUAAUUAUUACAAUUGCAUAACUUACUUUGAAUGGGAAAUGAAGAGGGACGUUUUACACCUCGAAUGAAUCCUAUUAUUGUUGGUCUAAUUGUUCAGCAUCCAUUUUCUUUCUGGACAACACCAUUAGAGCUUAAUCCAUGUAGAAUGUAUAUAUGUUUACUUUUAUUCAUCUUUUUAUCUUACGUUAUGGGAAUUUACCCACUUUAAUAUUUUAUACUUCAAGUACAAUCCAAAGAUUUAUACUCGGUCCAAUUUUUAUGGCAAGAAUUUUAAUAACUUUUGUAAAGCAAUCAUAUAAAUGUAUAUAUCAUUUAUUCUGGGGUAUUUUUUAGAGUUUUUGUUAUAAUCUAGUCGAAUUACCGAUCGGAUUUUGUUUUCAACCCUUGCUCUUUACCAUAUUUGUGUUUUUCAUCCAACUUGUUAAGUUCAUUUAUACCAACAUGUAUAUAACAGCUAAAUAUAGAUAACACUAGCCGCUAGAAAUUAAAUUUUCACUAAAAACUAAACUCUACUAUAGAUGGGAAAUAGCUAGCAGUGAAAUUUAGGACACAUGUUUCGUCCUAUUUCAGGCCGUCCACCCGGAUGUACCAGCAUUCCAGAGUUUAAUGUUCACUAAAGUAGUCGAACUAAGUACCGUUCACUUCAAAUGCCUUUGUGUUAUUCACUUAUCUACUUAGACGAUACAGCCGCCUACUUGUUCGACGUGUAUGAGAUUUAAUUCAGUUUGAAAUGGUUUGAAUUAUCGCUUUAUUGGUAUUUCUGACUACUAACCAAGGCUGAUCAAAUUUCAGUCAAAAAUAUCAACAGUGAGAUAACUCAAACCAUUUCAAAAUGAAUUAAAACUCUACUGUAUAGCAUGGACCUGAUAAAUGAAGUACUGAAUACAACACACUUAUUGUACAUUGUUUAUCAGUAUUAAAUUAUUUAGAAUGUCGAUAAAUUAUUUCUUUACUAAACAUCAUAGGUCAAACUAAUUUGUCCAUUGGUUGGAAAACAAAAAGUUAAAUCCUGGCUAUGGCGUGAACCAGUACUACCAAGUUCAACAGAAUAUGCUCAAUUACCACAAGGUCGACCACCAAGUCGUACUGUUACAGCUAUUAAACCAGGUUUACAUGAAGGUAAACAUGUAGAAAUUGGUUCAGAUUUGUCAUGGGCACGUAUUGUUGAUCCUUUAUCACCGGAAGCCCCGAUAAAAUUAUGGUGUCAAUUUACAAUGCCCUCUCCAUGGGAUAAUAAAGAUCCAAUUAUUGCAUACUAUGAAAUUGAUUGGGAAUUAUAUGAACCAAUUUCACCGCAAAUUUAUAUUCUACCAGGUGAUAAAGAGUUUAACUUUGAAGAGAUAAACCAAAAUCUCUCAAAAUCUAUUCUAUCUAAUCAACAAUUAAUAAAUCAAGAUCAACAUACAACCAUUGCUCACAGUAUUAAUGCACAAAUUGAUGAAUCUAUUAAAUUGGCUAAUUUGAAAAGCCCAAAUAAAUCAAUAUUAUUAGAGAAUAAACCAGCUCGUAUCGCGUGUCGAUUUCGUUCGAUUCCAUUAACUGGUAUACCAAAUCCACAAUCAAAUUCAUUGAGAAUACAAAAUGUUUAUUGGUAUCGUAAUGGCCAAUCAGUUCAUGUUCCACCAUUCUACGUUGAUAAUUCAUUAAUUACUCCAUAUGGUUUAUCAAUUUUAUCUGUUCGUGCCUAUCCAACUAUAUUUAAUUUUAGUCAAAUUGGUGAUGAGAAAUCAUCAACAGUAACGGUGGUUGGAAGUAGUGAUAAAUAUAAAUUACCUAUUGAACAUUUAACUUGUUCCGUAAUAAGUCGAGUGAAAGAAACACCAAUUUACAAGGUUACAACAAAUGCAAGUCUACAAACUGAAAUCAUUCUUGUUCCACGUAUAAUACAUACAGAGUUAUUAUCAGCUGAAAGAAGUUUAGAAGAUGCAAUUAAAUUGACCUGUACAGCUAUAGCGAAUGGACCACCAAAUAUGCGUAUUGAUUUUGCUUCAACAGAUCAACCAUCUACAAAUAAUGGUCCGACUCAAUGGGAAUCAUUAAAAUCACGAUAUGGAUUAAAUAUAAGACCACGACAAGUUGAUCCAACUAAUCCAUUAAUACAUCGUCUCGUAAUUGAUAUUUCUGAUCUUAAACGUAGUGAUCAUGGUGUUUAUCGAUGUACAGUUUGGAAUCAAGCUGGUGAAGCACAAGCAAUCGGACAUGUUUUAGUACAUUCUGAACCACAAUUAGAAUUAAUGUCAUUUGGGUAUAAUUAUUUUCUAGGCCAUAAACCAUGGAAAGCAUCAUGUGUUGUAAAAGGUUAUCCAUUGGCAGGACAAUAUACAAAUAACAGUCAGAUUAACCAACAUAAGAAUCGUGAACAAUCCAUUGAAACAAAUGAUUCAAUCAUCACUGGAAAACAAACUGCUGAUAAAGAUAGUGGUAUUCGUGGAUUAGGACAUACAGAUCAUAAUCAACAAUCAAAUUCUAACAGUGUAACAUCAUCAAUAAGAAUGAAAAUUUUCAAUAUAGAAGGAGAACCAUUAGAUCGUGUAGAAAUUAAUCAAAUUGACUAUAAAUCAGGAAAAUUCACCGGAAUUAAUGCCACUUAUGAAAUUCAUAUGAAUCAACGUUAUGGACGUGAAGCUAUUGUACGCUGUGAAUAUACACAUAUAGAUAAUAGAACAAUUUAUCGUGAAACAUUUCUACGUGAAGCAACAAAACCAACUGCACCAAAUAUUACUGUUUUAUGUACUGGUCCACGUGCAAUUGUAUUCGGAAUAACAAAUCCCAAAUUAAAACCUGACAAUAUGCCUACAGAACGUAUUGUUACACAAAAGGUUAUAUUUGCACCUGCAAAAACAUUUCAUUUAUCAUCUACAUUGGCAAGUUUAUCGGUUUAUUUAGAUUCAGAAGGACAACCGUCUGCAUCACCAGCUAAUGAUAAUGAUCCAUUAGAUAGAACUAUAUUAAAUUCAAUUAGUGCACAACCACAAACUGCUGUUAUACCAGUGAAAAAUUUAAUACCAGAUACGGAAUAUGUAUUUGAAUGGUCAUCUGGUAAUGAAUUCGGUUUAAGUGUAAUGAUACAAUUUACUUUAUGGACUAAAAAACUUGAAACUGCACCAACAAUUAAAAAUAUUGUAUUCUUGAGUCCUACAUCUCAAUAUCUUCGAUUUUCUACAUUUCUGGGUGAUCCAUGCCCAUAUGAAGGUGGUGCAAGACCAGAACUAUCAGAUUUAUUAGUUAGAUAUCGUUUAGCUAAAUCUAAUUCUACUUAUGAUCCGACACAAUUAAUUGGUUAUGGAGAUUGGUCUGAUGUGGAAGUUUGUAAAAAUUUAGCUUCAGCAUCAACACUUGAUAUAAAUUAUUCAAAUAAUAAUCAAAAUGAUAAUAUUGAAAAUUUUAAUGUUGUUGGUACAGAAGAAGAUGAAUAUACUGGCAUUAAAUGGGCUGGUGAUAAUCCAAUACCAUGUGAAAUACCAGUACCAGAUACCCAAGUAAUUUAUGAAAUUGAAGUUGCGACAAGAAAUCGAUUUGAAAAAUCUGAUUGGUUCAAAACAUUCUAUCGUCCAAAUGCUGUUGUAUCAGCUGCAUUAUUCUGUUAUCCAAAAUGUUCAGCUAUUAUGUGUAAUCUUUCUGGAAUAUUCAUAAUUCUAAUAUUUCUAUGCUCAUUUAUUCAUUAUUUAUAACAAAAUGAAGCCAAUCCAUUCAAUUUUUGAUGUUAAUUCCAUGAAUUCAAAAGAAAGACAACAAAAAUAAAUGUCAUCAGUCUCAAAUAUACUUACAUUGUCCAAUUAUACAUGAGUGUAUUCAAGAAGUGGUAAUGUUCCUUUAUGUUUUUGCAUCAAGUUCAUUUUUGAAUAUUUCAAACAUAAACCUUUUUUUUUAAAAAAAAACAGCACUUCAUGCAUUUAAUUUUGAGAAGAAAAAAAAGAAAGGAAAAGUACCCAAAAUACCGAAACAAAUAAAAUUCAUUUAUCAUGUAAAAUAUAAAAACUCACCUGAAAUAGUUCUAUAUAAGGGAAUCAGCAUUCUUUAUGUUAAGCAUUUAUUUUAUCUAUAUUAAGCAUGCUAAUUUUAACCAAAAAAUAAUAAUAAUAACCCCUUGAAAAUUUUAAUUUAUUCUUAUUUUUUAACCAGAGUUCUUUUUUUGUUGUUGUUUAGCGUAUCUUUUAUCAUUUACCAUUAUUAUUAGUAUAGUUGAGCUACUGUCUCAUUUUUUUGUAUAGAUAAGAUUUGAGUAAUAAACAUUUAACUACUGAUAAGUAGUAUGAAUCACCGAAGUAAAUUUAUAAGCUGUUAUUAAAAGUUUCUGUUUGGUAACUGGAAAAUCCAUGUCAUUUUUGUUCUUGGUCUUUUUUUUGGAAAAAAAAUUGCAGGUAUAAAUGAUUGAUAUCAUUGUUUAUUCACUUUCUUAAGUUCCAGGAUUUUUUUCUCGCUUUAUGCAUGACUUUUCGUGAACUCUUUCUUAUUGAAAUAUACUCUGUUAAUGGGUAAUCCUACAGUUAGCAUAAUAAAAAUAUUUCAAUUUUUUAGUCAUUUUGCAUUAAAUUUAUCAAACUGAUGAAUUGCCAAGCAAAUUUGUUCUUUAUCUUUGUACUCAAUGAUUAAGAAGAAAUGAAUCAAGUAGGAACUAUAAAACAAUCGUUCUUGAAUAUGUAUUUAAAUAAUUGAAUUAACUAACAUGUACAGUGGUACUAAACAACUAAAGUCCAAUAGAAAUGACUAAACGCAAUUGAACUGAAAUGAUAUUUCUUUAAUGAAGAUGAGUGUGUAUUGAUGUUUAAUGAAAUAUAUAUGUUAAAUUAACUUUAUCGAAGUAUUCUAAACG